ACGUUACUAGAUACCUUUUUCAGUUUGCAAACUGGGGUGCCGCGGGUGUCACCCUUCCCUGUACCGCCGAGAGGCGGCGCACUCGUCGCUUUUUGACUGGUCUGACGGCCGGCGAAGCGUGCCUCUGGCCAUUUGUUCCCGACGCUGCUGCUACAGCAGGUGUGAGUUGGGUGCUUCUUUGUUGCGUGCAAGUGUGUUCCGUAGCCAUCGCUGUCCCUGUGAGUCCCAGCGAGAUCCAAAUCGACGCAGCUCGCUCAGUGUGUGCUCCCGUUGCAACUUACUACGGUUACCGUGCCCCACGUGGUGACCGGCUUGGCGCCGGCGCGUCAGCGCUGAUGUGAUCUUGUGCCGGGUGCGAGCUACAUCUCCCAUAUGUGUCAUGUGACGGUUGUUAAAUGUGAUAAAACAUGCCUCGCUGCUUUGUGACUGGCUGCCGAAGCGGCUAUGAUUCAACGAGAUCCGCGGACGAAAAAAGACAUUUUUUCAAGCCGCCCACUGACGACGUGCGCCUUCAAGAGUGGCAACGCGCAAUACCCAGAUUAGACAAGGAGCUGUCACGCUCUUGUGCUGUUUGUGACCUGCACUUUCAGGAGGACGAUAUUGUGAAGGACUACGUGCACAAAGUUCAUGGUGACGUUGUUGUCAUACCACGUGGUAAGUGGGCUCUUAAGGAAGAUGCUGUGCCGCGCAUUUUUCCCAAUUGCCCCAAGUACUUGUCGAAGCCAGCGCGAAAACGCAAGGCCCCAACAGUGCGUACACCUACUCGGCCUAAGCGCAAAAAAGAUAAAACGGACACUGACCAAGAAGCUGCGACACCGGACUUCGGCGUCCCUAACGAUAGCAGUGCUGGCAGUGAAAACAGUGUUACGCUAGAGAACAACACACAGCUCUUCAGCGAGUUGUCUGACAUAGCAGCAGCAGGCCAACGGAUCCAGGGUUGGUCGCUCGAGGUUGUUGGCACUACAAUCGUGUUGUACAAGCUGGCAAUGCGAGAAGAAAUUCCAGAGAUCGACAGGGCUGUGGUAGUGUCGAAACGCCUGACCUUGUCUGUCAGUGCCAAGGGGCAACUUGUUACAUCAGCUGUGUAUAGUACUGGUGCGGGAAUUGAAUUGAAAUCGUGCGAUGAUUUAAAGUGCCUACUUUCACGCAUUGAAAGGCUGAACAUUUGUGAAGGUUGCCCUGCUUAUAAUUACCCGCACGUCUUGUCAUCAUCUGUGGCCGUUAAAAAUGGGGAAACAUGGCAUCGCAAAUCGUGCACAGUUCUAUGUCUGACAGCAGUAUGUCAGGAAUGCAGCAGUCUGUCCAAGUUGUUUUCACGGCGGCGCAAGACAAGCAACAGCUUGCAAUCUAAGAGUACCAAAGUGAAGUCUCUGCGUCGAAGGGCAAUACGAGCGACGAUUCAGAGAGAAAAGUUGAAGAAAGAGAUAGCCACCGUGAAAAAACAACUCAAGAAUGUUACAGAGGAGAGGAUGGAACGUGCACUUGACAUUCUUCCAGCCAAACAGCAGCUGGCUUUCAAGAAUGCUUUUCAGGUAGCAAAGGCAAAGGCAAAAAAUGGGAAGCGAUACACAGAAGAAUGGCUGAUGACAUGCCUUCUGCUGCAGAUUUCCAGUCCUAAAGCUUACAAGCUGUUAUCUGAUAUGCAGGUUUUGCCUCUUCCUACAAGAGCACGCCUUCGUCAGAUUAUUAGUGGCAUUCCCUGCAGAUAUGGCUUUAAUGAGGUAUCGCUGAAGAGCAUCCAAGAGCAUUUUCAGAAGAAGAGCCAUCUUCAAAGGUGCGGUGUUCUGUUGCUUGAUGAGGUAAAGCUCAAGCAAUCUGUUGCUUUCAACAAAACAUCAUAUAAGAUGGAUGGCUUCGUUGACUAUGGCGAUGUGACAAAUGUCACCACUGACCAACUCGCUGACCACGCACUCGUGUUCAUGUUUGUUCCACUAUUUGAGAGCUGGGUUCAACCCAUAGCGUCUUUUGCCACAAAAGGUGCUGCACCUGGACGGAUCCUUGCACAGCUCCUUUUGAGUGCCGUGUUGCAGCUUCACAAACAUAAUGCUUCAGUGCUUGUGGUUGUAAGCGAUGGAGCUGGUAAUAACCGCUCAAUGUGGACAAACCUGGGUAUAUCAGGAGACAUGAUGUCACCAUGCAACAGCAUCGAGCAUCCUUGGGAACCCUCACAGAAGAUCUUCUUUAUCUGUGACGUCCCGCACAUAGUCAAGUGCAUCAGAAAUCACCUGAAAAAGCACACCUAUGGAAUGGCUGGGGAUCAUCAGAUAAAUUUCGCACAUUAUGUUGCCCUGUACGAAGCUGAGAAGAGCAAACAUACAAGAGUCGUGCCAAAACUGACAAAAGCACAUGUUGCCCCAGACAACCUUCAGAAGAUGAGUGUCCGACUUGCUACACAGCUGUUCAGCCGCGGAACGGCUAUUGGCAUCCGAAUAUACAGAGAAGCCGGUACUGAAGGCCUGAGGGGCUCUGAGGGAACCGAAGUAUUCACCAGACUCCUGAAUGACCUGUUCGAUGCUUUGAACAUAAAGCUACCCGAACGAGGCAUCAAACGCCACUCAAAGGAAAUACAGGCAAGUUCUGGUUCAUCUUCAUACGUGUUGAUGCUUAUAGUGUGCGGAUAUUUUACCUCAUUCAUUCAGGUCAUCAAGGACUUCUUGGAAAUGCUGAAUUCCACAGAAAAGAACUCCGUGGAGCAAGGUCUCAAGCUCUUUGCAUCGCAACAAACCACUCAAUCUCUGCGUGUUACCUUGAUGUCAACGCUUGAAGUCAUCGAGUUCUUGCUGGAUGAGGGCGCACACUAUGUUUUGACAGCAAAAUUGAACCAGGAUCCCUUGGAGCGCCACUUCGGACUUGUUCGGUCAUUCGGAGGAGAUGAAUCUCACCCUACCGUGGUCAACUUUACUCAGAUCUUCCGCCUUCUCAGUUUGUACACACCUAUAAAGACCGCAAUGCGCGGCAGUGUGCAAGGUGUACCAGGGAAUGUGCUUGCCAGCGUACAGGACACAUUGCGGACAACAAGAGAAGUUCAGCGCACCAAACAUGCUUGCUUGCGGGAAUUUAUAGAGAAAAAACUGCUAAGAAUUGUAUGUGAAACAUCCGGAGAGUCUGGAGAGCAGAUUGACGACCACUCGUACUUCAAAGGAGAAGUGGACGACGCUAUUGUGUACUACAUGAGUGGAUAUGUAGUGUACAAAUUUCAAAAGCAUACAGCAUGCCUUCUGUGCUUAGAAGAUAUAAGCAGUGCAGAGCCCGUAGUUGGCUCUGAUGCAUAUCUGACGACUUAUAGAAGUUUCAAGGAAGGCUGCAUGAAGCAUCCAACAGCUAAAAUGUUAAGUGUAAUGAGAGUUGUGAAUGAUGUUGUUUCUUCAACAUUAGAUGAGGCUGGUGCUUGUGAAACCAUCUUCUGGAAAGUGCUGGAAGAGCUUGAAAAGUGCAGCAUUGCUCGUUUGGGCUGUUCAGAGCAUGUAACAACAUUCACUUGCCAAAUAUUGAACUUUGUCAUUGUGACGAGAAUGCAUUUCUUCUCCAGGGAUUUCAACCACAAGUUAGAAAGCAAGGAAAAGGUGGCUGUAGCGAACAAAAAAGCACGUCUCCUGUAACUCUGGCUCUUGCCCUUGAAAAAAAAAAAGUGGCUUUCAGUUUGUCGCAGCGUUCAAUAAAUUGUGUUUAAUUUCACUUUUUCUGUUCUCGAUAUCUUUCGCAUUUUAUAGCCUUAAAAAAGGCAAGCUUUUAUUCAAGUAGUUCGGUAUCUAUCUUUGGAAAAAAUAUUCGAAUCGUAGGAAUGAGUGAUCUGGAAAGAACGAGUGGUUCUGGGCUUUACACUUCAUCACCGGCGGCAUCAGAUCGCUGCGUUGUGUGGCUCAUCGUAUCAGAAUAUCUAAGGUUCUACGGGCCAAAACCACGAUAUGAUUGUGAGGCACGUCGUAGUGAAAGGCUUCGGA